AUGAUGAAUCCAGCACGUGCUCAAAAAUUAAAUAAAGAUAUUGUUAGCGAUCACUUUUCCAAAUACAAAAGUGUGCUGGGCAGACUUGGAAUUGAACAUAAACCUGAAAGCAUUUACAACAUCGACGAAAAAAAUUGUCGCAUAUCUUUGCACCAUCAGCAGGAAGUUCUGACAGCCAAAGGAAAAAAAAGAGUUCAUCAAAUAGCGAAUGAGCAUGCUGAAAGUGUCAUUGUUGUAGGCUGCGGAAAUGCUAUAGGAUCAGCUAUCCCGCCAAUGAUAUUGUUCAAAGGCAAGAGAAUGAAGCCAGAAUAUAAAGAUAAUCUACCACCAGGCUCUCCGGUAAAGAUGACCCCAAAAGGCAGCAUGACGACAGAAACUUUCAUAGAGUUUAUUAAUCAUUUGCAUAAAUACAGAACAUCAGGACCAUGUCUCCUAAUAUUUGAUGGUGCAAAAUGCCACCUGGACUUUACUAUUGUGGAGGAAGCUGAGAAAUGCAUUACUUUAUAUUGUCUUCCUUCGAACACAACUCAUGAGCUUCAGCCCAGGGAUAAAUCUGUUUAUCGUUCUUUUGAGCAUCAUUGGGACCAAGAGUUGAUAUAA